UGCGCCGGAGGCCGAGGGUUGGGAUCAAGCCUCUGUCAGCAGCGAGGGAAGGGAAAUUGCUGAGAAGCCGGAUCACUGAGCAGGUGAGUAGCUACGUGGGGUGUCUUUGGAGAUCAGCUGCCUUUCCACUCGUUUCACUGCUAGGUCCUGCUUGGAGCGUCCCCAUACAGAAUCCAGGGAGGAUGUUGUCCCCACUCUCAGGGAUUAACUGUAUCCACCUUCCCCAUCUGGGGAUGGCCGGGAAGAGUCCAGUUCCCAGCGGGUUAGUUACGCCGGGUUCAUCUCUCUGGCUCACAUCCAAGGCAUUGCUUUGAUGAGGGAGUCUCUCGACUCCUGGCUGCGUGUAUUUCCUCCCUGGUGUCAGGGCCGGCUUUCUCUGCAAAGGCUCCCCUACUCUGAUUCGAGAAAAGCAUCUUUGUAAGGAAACCUUGCUCCGAUUCCCGAUUUGAGUCCGAAGGCACCUUGAUUCUGGAUAGUACAGGUUCAAAAACCGAGCUGGUCAAAUUCUUUUCAAUGGGAGGAUUCGGAUGAAAAAUACAGUUUCAUCAGCGUCCGAUUGUUUUGUGGGAACACGCUGAUUUCGAUGGCCUUUUCCAUGGGAAAAAGUCAAAAUGUUUCAUUUCAACGUUAGAGAGAGAAGGUGGGUGAGGUAAUAUCGUUUAUAGGACCAACUUCUAGGACAGACGUGACUACCACAGCAUUUCAACGUUAUCUUUUUAUUUGGACAGUAAAAUAUUCAUUUUCAUGUUAUUAUACUUUAGAUAUACUCUUCAAUGUUGUAUAUAUAAUGUAAUCUAGUUAUUAAUAAGUAGAAUAGAAAGAUCAGAAGAUAAAGUCAAAAUGAAACUUGACAGCGGCUUUGAACUAAAACAUCUUGACUAGAGCUGCUGAAAUUUCUGAGCAAAAUAUUUUUCUGGAGGAAAAUGCAGUUUCGGUGACUCCAAAACAUUUAAGGAAUUUGUGUCUAUUUGGCUAAAUUGUUGGGAGGCAAGGGAGAAAACCCUUCACAUUUUUUGAAAAAAUCAAAAUGUUUAAGUUGGAUAUGUUUUAAAUGAAAAUGUUUGGUUGUUGGUUUUUUUGGUUUGAAACAACUUUUCAUUUAGAAAGUCCCUGUGGUUUUGUUUUGAAAAACCAAAACCUUAAAAAAGGGACCAAACUGGAAUGAAACAUUUCAUUUCAGGUCAAACCAAAUGUUUCGCUUGCCUCAAAAAGAUUAGCGUGACGCUUAUUUACUUGAUGAUGUGCCAGAAAUUUUACAAACUGCGUUGUUCAUUCAGCCCCAAAUGAAUCCCUUUCCCCCAGUUUUUCAGAAUGGUCAGCAAACCGGAAAAAAAAUCAUUAUUUGCCCAGGUCUAGUUUUGAUACUUUAGAAACAAAAUAAUUCGAUGGUCCUGAGCUGAAAUAUCUCGGCACUUUCAUUUUGCGGGAAAUUUUGGCUUUUGGUUCCAAUUCAGAACAAUCCCCUUGCCCCUCCCCGCCCCCUCCUCCCCCGCAAAAUGUCGGCAUUUCCCAUGGGAUGGAAACACCCCAUUCCCAACCAGCUCUAGUGGAAUCAGGGCCAAAUGCUGACCUCUGUGAAUCCAGUGUAAAUCCAGACUGAGCCCACUGGUAUCAAUGGAUUCAGGAUUCUGAUCUCAGUGACCCCGGUGUAAAUCCGGACAGAUACCGCUGAUAUCAAUGGCAUCUGAUCUGGACUAUAUUCUGUUCCCAGCAACUCUGGUGUAAAUCCGGAGUGACACCGCUGAUAUCAUUGGAGUCAGGGCUGGAUUCUGAUCUCAGUGACCCCAGUGUAAAUCCAGAGCGACCCCAAUGGAGUCAGGGCUCGAUGCGGAUCGAGGGGCAAUGUGGAUUGAUGCUAUCUUCCCGCACGUGGCAUUCCCACUCGAGGUUUCCUGUGUAUCACUCUAUUAUCUCUCUCACACUCUUCCCAUCUCUCACUCCCUGGAGGGCUCCCUCUCUCAACCAUCUCCUCCUCCCACGCUCUCUCCUCGCUCUAUCAGUCUAUCUGCCUCCCACCCCGGCUCGCUCUUUACCCUCUCACUGGGUUUCCUCUGCAGACGCGCUGAUCCUAGACGUCACGAUGGCUCCCAGGCUCGUGGGGCAUCUCUGGAGGACAGCGGGACGCAGUUGUCUUCUCCUCCUGCUGAUUUUCAGGGAUGUUAUCUCCACCCAAUGCCAAUCUGAGCCAACAGGUGCUGGCGUUUGCCCUCACACCCACUGUUCUGUGUCCAGCGGGGACUCCUUGCACGUCCCACUUCACCUGCCCACCACCCUGGACCUUUACAAGAUGCACAAUUCCACGCCGACAUGGGACCACGUCUACACCUUCAUCAACGGGACGUCACACAAGCUGCUGCGUUCCUUCCAAGGGCAGGUCUCCGUGUCCGGGGGCAACUUCACGGUGCAGGACGUACGCAGCGGGGAUGGGGGAGUCUACAAGUUCCAAGAUCUGGAUGUGACGUGCCUGGCCUGGCUCCAUCUGACGGUGCUGGAGCCUGUGGAUUGGAGAUGGUACCUGCUCUUUCUCAUUCCAGUUUCGCUGGUUCUAACCCUUGUGGGCUGGAAGCUAAAGGAUUCGUGUCAGUGAGGAUAGCAGUGGGCUACCAAGAAGAUGGAGACAGAAGGCUGUGGAUGUGAUGAGGGAUCCCCCAAAAUCAGCCUGUCACUGUUUGUGUGUGUUUGGGAGACAGAGAGGUCUCCCCAUAACUCCCUUAAUUAUCCACACAGCUGAAGGCUGGUCUUCGUAGGAGUUCUACCUGGGUAACACACACAGUGGUGAAACCACAGCUGUGU